AUGAAGAAACACAUAGGUGCUGUAGCAUUCAGCCACUCAAGGCAUUAUAUACAGAUUAUGGCAAAGUGGUCUGAUGCUCAGAACUACUGCAGACACAGUUACACAGACCUGGCUACUGUGAGGAAUAAAAAAGAUAAUGACUUGAUUCGUCCAAUGGUUACAAGUCAGGCAUGGAUUGGCCUGUUCCAGGACACAUGGAAAUGGUCAGACCUGUCAAACUCCUCAUUCCGUAACUGGAAAAAUGGCCAAAAUGCUAAUAAGAAUAACACAUGUGCUUUAGCACAGGUCACCUGGCCUGGGACAUGGGAUAUGACACCAUGUGAUGAAAAGCAUCCAUUCAUAUGCUAUGAUGAUAACCUGAUCUUGGUAAAUAGUAACAUGACCUGGAAUGAAGCCCUGAAUUACUGCAGAACGUACCAUUCGGACCUGGUGUCUGUCCACAAUGAGGAGAUCCAGUACUGGGUCAGUAGGAUGGCUGAGAAGGCCUCCACUGAUCAUGUCUGGCUGGGGCUGCGCUUCUCCUGCUCCCUGAACUUCUGGUUCUGG